AAAAGAGCACACAGGCCCUGAGCGCUUCAUGUCUACCAUAGCAGCGUAAUUACAGACUUCUGUGGAAUGAUCCUCAUCCAAUUCGGUAACCGAGAGUGUCUCUCAUCGAGAACUGCGCCAUGGUGCUCUUCGUCGAGAUGAACGUGAGGAGCGGUUCCGGCUCAAAACUGGUUCAUCAACGAGCAGUAGGCCUGGAGAGUAUCACUUCCAUUUAUGCUUGCUGCAGUAGCUAUGAAUGGAUUAGUCUUAUUGUAUAGGCGUCGCUUCCAAAUUUGGAGAGAUAAUCGAAAAGAGCAACGGCGAACGAGGAAGCAAGACCCGACACGUCAGCCUUCUCUCUUUUCUGAACUCACAAACUGCGAAAUUCCACCACCAACAAACUAAACCGACAAUCAACCGAGGGUGGGGUCUCAGCCAUGGGUCAAGAAUCCAAAAAAGAAGAAUCCGAAACCCUGGACGGCGCUUUCUCGAGAUUGCCUUCCAGGUCGCCCACCAAGUUGAUUUCGGGGUCAUCAACUAGGUACUCUCGGUACUCCAGGUCCCGCUCUCGCGAACGAAGCGGUUCACGUUCCGCACUGCUACCUCCGGAUAAGAUCCAAAGACGUACUGUCACUAUACGCAUUCAGCCCGCAGGAGAAAGUGGCCGGAAGGGCAUACAUCUGAAAAGAUUCUUCAAGAUCUGCUGGUUGUCUACCAGCAGAGCAUCUCGAAUCUGCAAUAUCCUCUGGCCAGUCGUACCAACAGCAAUUGCCGUCACUUAUUCCCGAACCGACCUCCAUCUCGCCAUCUUUGUUCUCAACUAUCUUGCGAUGAUUCCUUGUGCCAAUCUAAUUGGCUUUGCCGGUCAAGAAUUCGCUCGUAAAUUGCAUAAGGUGUUUGGUGUUCUGGUCGAGACGACUCUUGGUUCUGUUGUCGAGGUCGUCAUGUUUAUGGUCCUGGUCAAGAACAACCAAUUUCAAGUCAUUCAGGCUGCAAUUCUUGGAUCUGUCUUAGCUACCCAGCUGUUGUGUUUAGGCGUAUGUUUCGUCGUUGGCGGUAUCCGACACACUGAGCUCGAGUUUUCUCCGGUCGUGGCUGAGGUUGGAAGUGAUCUUCUGUUGACUGCUGGCUUCGGACUAAUCAUUCCCGCUGCUUUCUUUACUGCAGUGAAGGCUGCUGGAAACACCGACCCCGAAAUCGUCGGCGAAAAGGUGCUUAACGUCUCACGCAUCACAUCCUGCCUCCUCAUCAUCUCUUACUUCGUUUACGUCUAUUUCCAGAUUCGAACCCACGAAAGUAUUUAUGACGCCAUUUUCGAGGAGGAAGAGAACCAGGAGCUGGAGGAUGAGCUUGAAGAGAAAGAGAAACUUACCUUCACCGAAUGCAUUCUUGCCCUGUCUAUUGCCAUUACUUUGGUCACAAUCAUUGCCAUCAACUUGGUGGAGCAUAUUGAAUUCAUCGUGAGAGAGCGCGGAGUUUCUGACAGUUUCAUUGGUCUGAUUCUCGUCCCCGUUGUUGAAAAAUUCGCAGAGCAUCUCGGGGCCAUCGAUGAAGCUUGGGACAAUCAGAUGAACAUGGCUCUUGCCCAUGUCCUAGGAGCCACUAUUCAGACGUCCCUCUUCAAUGGCCCGCUUGUUGUGCUUGUCGGUUGGGUAAUCAACAAAAAGAUGGAUUUAAACUUCGACCUCUUCAACAUCAUCGUUUUGAUCCUCGGCAUCCUUGUCGUUGGUAAUUUCCUGAGAGAUUCGAAAUCGAACUAUCUCGAGGGCUCCCUUUGCGUUAUCGUCUACGUCAACAUUGCGGUUGCGGCAUAUUUCUACCCGAAUCCGGUCGAGCAAGACUGAUGUUCUUCCGGUAUACACUUCUGGUGCGAAUGGGACACCUGUUCUGCUAGAGCAACUUGAGGGGGUUCAGCUGAUUAUUAAGAUGCGCCGAGGUUUUCAAGUUAUAUCGGAAUACGCAUUCUUCUGGUUCGCGGUUUGAGUGCAUUGAUCAGUAUUGGUGUAAUGUUCCAGGCAAGGAUUCGAUGUAGAAGUAUUUCCCGAGUAUUCUUCUAAAUAUCAGCAUUGUCAUCGAAGAAGGAUUUGGUGUGGAACUAGCAUGUCUACAAUCGCGGGGCUUGUAUUCUUAAAACUCCUGUGAAACUUUAACAAUUGAAAUAGCUUUC